AUCUUAUUUAUAAUGUAGAGUUAAUACGCAAACAAGUGAUCUCGAUACUCUGCGAAGGUGCAUAUUUGAGUGCGGUACCCAUAUGGACAAAUUAUCUUUCAAUUAUAUGAUUAUUUAAAUACAAAAUAAUUAUGCUUCAUUGUCGCGGAAGACGAGGCAGAUAGAAUGGCAAGUGAUGGAACGCCGAGCAUCGGCGUGGAGCCGACGAGCCUGGAGUAUAUGGAAGAUCCUUAUUUUGUGCCACCUGACGAUGACUCCACGCCGAGUUUCGAUGUAGCCGUAGAUGAAUUAGAUGAACUGGAGGAGUUACCAAACUGGUCACAUAAUGACCCUGACGCUGACUGGCGCAUGCUGCCAGACCUUGCUGAUUCUGCUCUAUGCAUUGAAACUGAAUUCUACGUAGAUAAUCGACGUCGUCGUCUUAGAAUAUUUAGAAAAAAAAUGCGAGAAGUAAGAGUUACUUUUCAAGAUUUAUCAAAGCCCUAUCUUGCCAAGAUGUCCAGUCACACAAACUACAAGAAAUUCUUAGGUAUCGCAGUUGGAGCUGAAGAAGCAAUGCCCACAACCGGUGCAGCUGGUGACGCGCACACGCCUGAUGAGUUGGCUGGCCUGACUCCGGAGCAGGCAGAGCAACUCCGCGCCGAGUGGAGCCGGGAGCUCGCUCGCGUCGAAGAUGAGAUCGCUACACUACGCACCGUUUUGCAAAGCAAGAUCCGUCAAAGCUCCGAAUUAAAACGAAAACUUGGCAUAACCGUGUGGAAAGAAAUUACCGAAGACGUUAAUCAGGGUUUGAAAAAUGUGAAAGAAAGCCAAGUCUAUCAAACUAUAGAAACACGCGUGGCUGCGCUUACACAGGCUGUGACAGAAGCACCAAUAUACCAAAAAACUGAAUCUGUGAUAAAAUCGACUGCAGAGAAGACAACUUCGAUUAUCGGUGGUAUCACUGCAGGAAUGUCCACUAAGAUUGGUCAGAUGCGAAACUCCGAAUCGUUCCGCUCUAUUGAAGAACGUGUUGGCACGGCGUACGAAAACGUUAAGGGCAAAGUGUCUUCUCGAUCGAAUUCAACGCAAAGUUUCGACGAGGCGCUGCGCGACGCCAGCCGCGCGGCUAGCGGCGCGACGUCGCCCACCAUCCCCGAGAACAAGCCCUUGCCCUAAGCGCGCCGCAGCCAUCACACCCACGCCGCCAACACUGACUAUACACGUACACACGUACACGCGUACACUCGUACACACGUGUCGCGCGCCACAAUAUCGGCAUCUAUUGGCACUAACAACUUUUGAACGAGGAUAUUGCAAACACUAUUUAUUGUGAUGCACCUCAUUUGAUAAAAAGAAUACCCUUUUUAUAUGUGCUCUUAGAUAGUAUUUUAAAUUAUGUACUUAUAAAUAAUGUUUACUGUACGUGUCGGACGGUGAUAAUGCAUGAUUGUUAUAAGGCUAUUGAAUAUUAUGUUUUAAUUGGAUAUUUGGUUGGGCGAGUCGAUUAAAUUAAAACCAGGAAAGUGAUGAUAUUGCAAUUUUGAUUUCGCAAAAAGCAAAACCUAAAUACGUGCAAUGCUAGAUGGUUAGUUAUCUUAAAGAUUGUUUGUCGUGUAUCUCGAAUGCUUUCAUUUCGUGUGCACCUUUGUUGCACUGCGGCGUGGUCGAGUCCUUUAAUCGUUUAUUUUAAGACUGCUGGUUACAUGCUUCAUAUUAUACUAUACUUAUCUUGUUCAUUUUGUGUCUUAUUUAAAGCAUUCCAAACGGUUACUGAUUAAUGAUAAAUUGAUGAUACAAGGUAUUAAAGACAUUUGAAAACGUUUUCCAAUGCUUAAACUCAGUAUUCCAUGUAUGAAGGAAAUGAGUCAGUGUAUUCAUAUUAAACAUGUAAACACAAUUUUGUAAAUCCUUAUUACGUGUAAUGAUUGUAAGACACAAUAACUUGCCGAUGCCUGUUAGGUC